AACGCACCCAGUUUCAUCUGACGUCAUAUGUGUGCGACAGUGCUAGGUUAGCAGGCUAGCUAGCAGGUUUUAACUAGGGUUAGCUGCAGUAUGGCGUUAUUUCCUGCAUUUGGAGAAGUGUCACAGGCUGAAAUCUCUAAAGGCUCAGGUCUGGAAUGGCUCACCAAUCGCAGUUUCUGCAACGUGGAUGCUUUGUCUCUACACCAACGCACCAUCCACAGAGACACAGCGGAGACACACACUCCACAUCACACACACACCAGUGAGCAGACAUCUGAGGAAGACAAUGAUGGUGAUGGUUGUGGUGAUGACAUCAGAUCAAAGAAGAGGAGAAAGAAAGAGAAAAAGAAGAAAAGAAAGAAGCAGAAGAAGCGCAACAGAGACGAUUCAGAGAACAGCGACUCGGACACCGUGUACCCCAGUGACCUACUGAACCGAGAACAACUGGAACCAUCACAGAGACAGGAGGACUUGGUUAAUGUGGGUGGAGUUUUGUGGCUUGAUGAUCUUCAGUGUCCCACUGAGAAGCUCUUCUACUUGGACAGGAAGUCUGACCCUGCAAACUGGGAGUACAAAUCACUGUACAGAGCUCACAUCACCAGGUAUAAGAGGAAGGGCAGGUCUGCUCUCGGAUUGGACAGCAGGAUUCAGGGCGUGUGUUGGGAAGACUCCACCCUGGAAAAGAAGCAUAAAGAAAAGAAGGAGGAGCGUUAUUUCUCUCCCUCCAACCGCAGAUUUCUCAGCUCUGAAUCUCCAAGUACUCUCUCAGUCCCUCCCACUGAUCCCACCCUAUCUACUGACCUUGCUUCAUUUAUCCCCCUUCCCUCCUGUAAGGAGGAGUCUGACCCCGCCCCUCAGACCAGCACCAGCACUGAUCCACUCAGAGUGUAUGACCUUGCAACCUCUUUGUGGCUGGAGGGAAAAAGUCAACCAGAGGUCAAAGGUCAGGGGCAGCCACCUCCAUCAAACAUGCUAAUGGCACGAGUGGAAGACUUUAACAAGAAACUGAGGGAAAACCCCAGUGAUGUGAACUUGUGGCUGGAGUUCAUACAGUUUCAGGACGAGCUGGGCAGCUCCCUCUCUGGGCAGGGGGCGGAGUCUGAGCGUGCUCUGUGGGACAGGAAGUUGAGUGUGGUGGAGCGUGCGCUGCAGUUGAACCCCAGCAGUGUGGAGUUGAAGCUGCACAGACUCACCCUGGGCAGGGGAUUGUGGGAUAGUUCAACACAGCUGAAGGAGUGGAAGAAGGUGGUGUUUGUUCAUCCCAACAGCGCCUCCCUGUGGAUGAGCUACAUCCAGUUCACAAAGAGCCAGUUCAGCUCCUUCUCUGUUCCCAUGGUGACCAGUAUAUACAGGAAGUGUCUGAGCACGCUCAGUGCAGUACAAGACGGACAGCUGAUCUCUCACCCACCACUGCCAGGGACAGAACACCACCUGCUGGAUGUGUUUGUGAGACAGUGCCACUUCCUGCGUCAGACGGGUCACUCAGAGAAAGCUGUGUGUCUUUUCCAGGCUCUGAUUGAGUUUACCUUCUUCAAACCUGACAGCGUUAGAGACCUAACCACUAAACAGCAGGUGGAGUUCUUUGAGACAUUUUAUGACAGCGGGGAGCCGAGGGUGGGGGAGAGUGGAGCCAGAGGGUGGAGAACCUGGAUGAAGCAGCAGGAGAGAGGAGGAUGGAUACAAACACCUGAUACAGAGGAGGAUGAUGAAGUUGAUGACGAAGAUGAGAUUAAAGAUAAAACCCAGCCGAGGUGGAGAAUCUGGCUUAAUGUGGAGUCAUGGCGGGAAGCCAACCACUGGUUACCAUGGAGACCAGACAAAACAAAGAGCCAAUCAGAGGAGGAAUGUGAGGAUCCAGACAGGCAGGUGUUGUUUGAUGAUAUCGGACCAUCUCUAAUCCGUGUUGAGUUGCCAGAGCUGCGUCUUCGUCUCUUGCUCACUUUUCUUCACUUUCUGGGAGUGCCUAUUGGCUCUGCCUCUUCGUCCAGCCUUGUUGUGAAUGACUCCACCUUCCUGGAUGACCGUGCCCUGUUGGAUGAGACUCUUGACCCUGAGAGACCUUUGACCUCCCAUGACCUCCCAUUGACUGGAGUCAGUGCUGUGGGUCACAUGAUCUCUCAUUGUGAUUCUAGGAGGAAGAGGGUUGGGCUAUAUAAACAGGGGGAGGGGUUUGUCAGGAAUGUUCUGGAACAGACCCUCCCACUAUUUCCACCUCAGGACAGAACAGAACUCACUCUCUGCUGGAUGCAAUACGAAAAACUCAAGGUGCUGCAGUGUGUGCGUAGUGGCAGUAAGAAGAGUUUUAGGGUGCAGGGGAAGUGCGCUAAGCGUUUAUUGAAGCAUUUACUGAAGAAGCAGGAGAAUCGUAGCUCUCUGUUGCUGUGGCGCGAGUACGGCCAUGUUGAGUGGUUGUUAGGGAACAUUGCUGAAGCACGCAGGGUUUUUGACUCUGCCCUCUCGUUGGGUGGGGCAUCAGGUUUACGUGACACCACUCUCUGCCACCUCUGUCUGCUGUACGCACAAUUAGAAAUGGAACUUUCAUGUCUGUGUGGGGCUGAGAGUGUAAAGACCACACCCAUUUCUGCCACUUCCUCACGAGCAGUGUACAUACUGACUACAAUAACAGAGGACUCCACCUAUAGGCCUUUCAUAGGAGAGGUCAGCCCCAUGGCCAUAGUGAAGGCACGCAAAGUAUACGAACAUUCCAUAUCGGAAGGAAGGCCAUGUGAGAAAGACAGUGCGCUGAUUGGCUGUUUUGGCCUGUUCCAGUAUUUGACGGUGGGGGUCGAUGCGGCCGACGCUGUGUUCACUCGGGCCAGACAGAACAUGAAGUGCACCAAGCAGCUCGAGGCCAUGUGUGUAUUGCAUGUGGCGCUGUUACGUCAUCACUCGAGCAUCAGGGCAUUUCCUCUGCGGCGUGUGAGGUCGGCACUGAAAGAUGCACUCACCCUGCUGCCUCACAGCACAUCCCUGUGGAGGAUCCACCUACAGGUCGACGCCUGCUACUACAACGCUGCCGACACUCGACAGUUCCUACAUGGCGUAACUAAGGGCAACCAGACCAUCCUGCCUCGACUUUUCACCUUAACAAUCGAACAGCAGAGGAAGAAACGGAUAGAUGCUGUGCUGCGGUCGGGUCUUCCAGCCGAUUCCCUUCCCAUGUUCCCAGAGAUUGGCCUUUGCCACCGUAUCCGCUCUCUGUUUGAGGUUGCCGUGGCGUCAGAGCAUGGUGCUCACUGCCCUCUGCUAUGGAGACGUUACAUCAACUUCAUGGUGUGUAAUGGGGAUGUAGAGAGAGGAAUAGGAAUCUUCUACAGAGCUCUACAGCAUGUCCCCUGGGUGAAAGUCCUGUACAUGGAUGCUGUGAGCUUGUUCCCUGAUCGUGUUCAGGAGGUUCUGGAUCUGCUGAUUGAGAAGGAGCUGAGACUCCGGACCCCGAUGGAGGAACUGGACAUCCUGCUGGACGACUAAAGACCUUUCCACACGGCACGGCUCCUCCACACCACAGACAGUUUAUUCUUCAUUUAUUUUUUUAUUUUGGAAAAAAACAUGUAGAAUAAUUUUGUGGAAAUAUUAUUUAAUAAUAAAAAUAUUACUAAUAAUAAUAAAAAUGUUUUGGUGAAA